UGCUUUUCUUGUGCUACCGCAUUUAAUCGCAUUAUCAAUCGCGUGAAAUGCAAUGUGGUCGAUUCUCGUUAACAGAUUCCAGUUAUGGGAAAUUACUGUUUUGCAGACCCUUCAAAUCCGAUCAAGUAUCAAUUAUCGAACCCACAUUUUGUGGAACUUGGCUGGACUCUGCUGCCGGCUACCAAAAUCAUGAGAAAGAUCGUACAGUAUGAAGCCAAACCGGCAAAACCCAAUCUAAACUGGUUCAAAAAAUACAGACACAAAGGUAUGAAAUAUUAUGAAGAUGGAUUGACACCAUUUUUGAAAUUCCAUCCCGAUGGUUCCGGCGAGUUAUUUUAUCCCAACGGCAUAUUAGCUAUUAGAGUUUACAAACCAGAAAACCGGAAAUACGACAUGUGUACUGUGUUCACGCCAGGAGGCAAAGACGCAUUGGGGAUCGGAAGAGGACCCCAGAUCUUGGCGAUAUUCGACACUUUGGGAUACGGUGUCGUUUUCGACGUGGACGGCGCGGCGAGGCUGUCCUAUAACCAAAUCGGAGGAAUUUUUACGGACAAUCCCGCGGGCCUGCCCCUCAUUUGGACCUGGAAUGCCAAACCCAGAGAGUCGAUACUCGAGACUGUGUACACGGAGAGACCGACCGACUGGUUGCAAAUGGAAUUUUUCUCCGCGACAAAUAAAUCAGCGAAAAGUUCCGGAAAUGUUAAGACACCGGUAUCACCGUCUAGCUCGAGAAAUAAGGAAAAGAAGGUCGUCGAGGUGCAGAAACCUGUUGUCGAGGAACGACAAGAAGAGGUCGGAAACAAAUCGAACGGCAACCAAGAUUUUUCUAAAAAGAACAUUUAUCACUUAAAAGUGAUUUGCAUGAAAUUGAAUGAAUUUCUUAGCUUGCGAAUCAGCGAUCAAAAAAACAUCAGUUUACGAUUUUCUGCUAAAAAUAGAAACUUUAGAAUAGAAUUGGGGACAAUUUUGAAUUUUAAUAAAGAAAUAGCAUCUUCUAUGAUAGAAGCAAGCGAUUGGAAAAACGAUAUGCUAAGGUGUCGAUUCCAGGAUAAUUUGUCCAAAACAUUGAAAUCGGAUAACAGUUUGUACGAUUUAGCUAAGGAGUAUCGAAAAGUGAAAAAAUUUGCGAAGCAACGUAAAGUUAUGAUUGCCAAAUACAAACCUUUCUCCAAGAUGGACCGUGUCUUCACUCGUUGUAAAUUGAAGAACUAGUACCGGAAGCUAUAUAUAGUUGAAGAAAUGUGUUUCUCAAAGAAUAUUGAAAUUUUUUUCGUUGUUUCAAUGUAAUGUAAAGGAUGUAUAAAAGGUGGUUUAAGGCUAAGAGAGUGACGCAGAUUUUAUAUAAAUAAAAAUGAUCAUAUG